AUGAAGUUUAUUGGAGCCAGUGUUGUUGCCUCAGUUUUUCUCUUGUCUACAAUCGCCGAAGCUGGUCGCACAUGUGUUGUCGGACACUCUGGCAAUAAUAACGAGGUUGCUCCUAUAAUGAAGGCAUUCAAAGAUUGUAACAACGGCGGUACUGUUGUAUUCCCUGCUGGGCAGACAUACAACGUCAAGAGUGCGCUCGAACUUCAAGGUCUUAAGAAUAUUGUUGUUAAAUUUGAUUCGAUCAUCAACUUUCCCAGAUUCAACCCCAAGAUCCAGAAAGGAAAAGGUUACAUGUAUUUCAACGGUGACAAUAUUCAUUUCUCUGGUCGUGGUACCAUAAACGGAAACGGCCAGGGAUGGUUCGAUGCUCAGAACAACCAGGGACCAACCAUGGUUAGAGUCAAUGCUAGAAACUCGUAUUUUGCUGGGUUUACAGUCAAGCAAGCACCAAAUGGUCACUUUAGCAUUGUUGGAUCCCAGAAUACUAUACUCGAGAAUCUGUCCCUUCGUACAGUGUCCACAAAUCCAAGUAGACCAGCUAAAAACACAGAUGCUUUCGGUAUUUCCAGCUCCAGUAAUAUAAUUAUCAGAGACUCGACUAUUGUAAAUGGUGACGACUGUCUUGCUGUUCAUGGUGGCGUUACCAAUGCAACCAUCUCUGGUAUUACUUGUACUGGUGGUCAUGGAUUCAGUGUUGGAUCUCUCGGCAAGGAUGGUAUCACAGAAAGCCUUUCUGGUGUUAGCUUUCUUAACAACAAAUGUAUCAACUGCACUAGUGGCCUUCGUAUCAAAGCAUGGCCUGGAGGAAAGGGUAACGUUAAUGAUAUCAGAUUUGAGAAUACUUCCCUUCAAAACGUCGAGAGUCCUAUCGAUAUUUCUACUCACUACUGCGACAAAGAAAGAGCUUCCCAGUGUGCAAGAGAUGAUGCAACUUCAUUGUCUUUUACCAAUAUCAAAAUAAAAAAUGUUUCUGGAACUGGAAGUACAAACAAGGAUUAUCCUCUAAUUAACAUUAAUUGUGCUGCGAAGAAUCCUUGCAAGAACAUUGUACUUAGUGAUAUUCACUUGACUCCCAGCAACAGCAAGACAAAGAAAAAUGUCUGCCUCAAUCUUGUGAACUCCGGUGCAAUCCCUUACUGCAAGCUUUAA